AUGGUCCAAGCCCAGCUGAGUGCUGAGUCCUUAGUCACUUGGAGAUUCUGGGAGCCCCGUGGAGCAGACGCCCAGGUGGGUCACCUCUCGCCCCCUCUCUCUCUCUCCCCCCCACGCCCUGCCGUGCAGUAUGUGGCUUUCGCCUCCCUCUUCUUCAUCCUCAUCUCCAUCACCACCUUCUGUCUGGAGACCCACGAGGGCUUCAUCCACAUCAGCAACAAGACGGUGACGCAGGCCUCGCCGAUCCCCGGCGCGCCCCCGGAGAACGUGACCAACGUGGAGGUGGAGACUGAGCCCUUCCUGACCUACGUGGAGGGCGUGUGCGUCAUCUGGUUCACCUUCGAGUUCCUCAUGCGCAUCACCUUCUGCCCGGACAAGGCGGAGUUCCUUAAGAGCAGCCUGAACAUCAUCGACUGCGUGGCCAUCCUGCCCUUCUACCUGGAGGUGGGCCUCUCGGGGCUGAGCUCCAAGGCGGCCAAGGAUGUGCUGGGCUUCCUGCGCGUGGUGCGCUUCGUGCGCAUCCUGCGCAUCUUCAAGCUGACGCGCCACUUCGUGGGGCUGCGCGUGCUGGGCCACACGCUGCGCGCCAGCACCAACGAGUUCCUGCUGCUCAUCAUCUUCCUGGCGCUGGGCGUGCUCAUCUUCGCCACCAUGAUCUACUACGCCGAGCGCAUCGGCGCCGACCCGGACGACAUCCUGGGCUCCAACCACACCUACUUCAAGAACAUCCCCAUUGGCUUCUGGUGGGCCGUGGUCACCAUGACGACCCUGGGCUACGGCGACAUGUACCCCAAGACCUGGUCGGGGAUGCUGGUCGGGGCGCUGUGCGCCCUGGCGGGGGUGCUGACCAUCGCCAUGCCGGUGCCGGUCAUCGUCAACAACUUCGGCAUGUACUACUCGCUGGCCAUGGCCAAGCAGAAGCUCCCCAAGAAGAAGAACAAACACAUCCCCCGGCCUCCACAACCCGGUUCACCCAACUACUGCAAGCCGGACCCGCCCCCGCCGCCCGCGCCCCAUCCCCACCACCACGGCAGCGGGGGCAUCAGCCCCCCACCGCCUAUCACCCCGCCCUCCAUGGGGGUGACUGUGGCUGGGGCCUACCCGCCGGGACCCCAUGCGCACCCGGGGCUGCUCAGGGGAGGGGCAGGGGGGCUGGGAAUCAUGGGGCUGCCUCCGCUGCCGGCCCCUGGGGAGCCCUGCCCAUUGGCUCAGGAAGAGGUGAUUGAAAUCAACAGGGCAGAUCCCCGCCCCAAUGGGGACCCCGCAGCAGCUGCCCUGGCCCACGAGGACUGCCCAGCCAUCGACCAGCCCGCCAUGUCCCCGGAAGACAAGAGCCCCAUCACCCCCGGGAGUCGGGGCCGCUAUGGCCGCGACCGGGCCUGUUUCCUCCUUACCGACUAUGCCCCGUCCCCUGAUGGAUCCAUCCGAAAAGGUUAUGAGAAAUCCCGCAGCCUGAGCAGCAUCGCGGGCCUGAGCGGGGUGUCCCUGCGCCUUGCGCCCCUUGCCACGCCCCCUGGCUCUCCAAGGGCUACCCGCCGUGCCCCCCCUACCCUGCCCUCCAUCCUCUAGAGCUCCCCUCCCCCCUGUGGGGGGACUCGGGGGUGACCAGGAAGAAGGUCAAAGGAGCUGGGGGCGGGGAGUGGGGGAAAAGGGUUUUUUUACAAAACAAAAAGUCAUUAAUAAUAUGCAACUGAGAUGGCACCGCCAGCAGACACCCCCGGGCCCCUCACCUCCCACCUGGGUCCCCAGGAUGGAGUGAGGGGGCCAGAGCCUGUUCCCACCCACCCCUCACCCCCUAAAACAAAGCCUUCUCAGGUCUCCAGGAGCCAUAGGACACACACACACAUCCCUCCCAUCAAUUCGUGUAAAUAUGUUCAGAUGAUGCCAAUUACAUCUUGGGGCACCUCUUCCUACCCACCCCACCCCAACUCUGCAUGCCUCCCUCAGCAGGGACCCUCCCACCACAGCAAUAAGCCGCCAGGGGCUGCAUGCCACACAAGGUGGGUGGGUCCUGGGAAGGGGCUGAGACUGCCCAUCUUUCCAGCCUGGUGGUCAGCCUAGCAGUGGUUGAUGAUUCUGUAGGGGCAGGAGGCUCAGGGUAGGUCCUGGGUCUUUGCGGGUGGGGGAGUCCCUCAGAUGAGCGUCACCUCCCUCAUCCCCACCCCUGGCCCAAGGAAUCUGUUCUUUCUUGCUGCAUGGACUCAAGACCUCUGCACCCGAGAACUCCUGGGGGGAAUUGGCCCUAGCACACAAGAUCCUCCACGCCUUUCCCCCACCCCACCCCCAGAUUCCUAGGACAUGAGACCUGCACUUAAGAAUUUUGAGUCUCGGCCAUGGCACCCUGCAGCCCCACCAUCUGCACACAAGGUACCCCUCCCCCAGUGCCCCUCCAACUUGCAGACUUGCCCCAGCCCUGCAGUCAUCUUCAGCUUUGGGGGACGCCUCCUCCCCCCCCCUCCACCCCCGCCGGACAUUUCCUGGACACUACUCCCAGACCCUCAGCCCCGCGUAACGCCCACCCUCCCACCUCAGGUUCCACUAACGCCAAACGCCCAAGAUGGGGCAGCCAAUCUGCAAAUUCCAGGGAGCCAGAUUCUCCAAAGGGCACCCCCUUUCUCGUGCCCCCAACCCCAAGAUCCACUUCCCUAGAACAGUGCCCAAGCAACCCUCCGACAGGACGGGCAUCCGUGUCCGUGUGUCUCGCAGGGGGUUGUGGCGCAUCCCUGCUUAGGUUUGAAGCACGCAUUUAUUUUUUAAAAGUGCGUUUUUGCACAGAAACCAGGAAAGGCCAGGCUGGGCGCAGCGGUUUUUAGGUUAGAAGAGUUGUCCGCGGAAGGGGGUCCUGCUCCCGUGGGCUUCCAGGUGGCUCCGGGGAACUUCAGGAUGCAGGGAGCUGAGAGGCUGGUGGCCGCCCCACCAGGCUGACCCCUUGCCCCCAGGCCUUCCCCCUCCCACCCAGGCUCAAUGACACACACCCUUCCCAAGCCCAGAGACCUGUGGGUCCCAGUCCCAGAAUCCUUAGCGAGCCCUCCUUUCGGAGGCAAGGUGGGGCCCAUCGAAUUCGCAGCCUCCUGCUCCCCCGGCCUCAGGAACCCCUAACCCCGGAGGGCUGGGGUUGUCGCUGAGCACGAUUCUUAAUGCAACCAUUCCUAUGCAAGGGGCAUUUUUGAGCCCCCUCCCCAUUUUUCUCCACCCCCCCCCCCGACCCUAAGCCCUGGUGAACAAGGGGUAUGGGGUGGGAGCGGGGCAAAGG